AUGGGAGGAGCGUGUGAUAAUAUCAACGGUGGUGGUCGUAAUCAGAAGCAAAGGUUUAGAUUUGUUGGUGUCUUUUACAUUCUUCUUAUCACUGUGGUCGGAACUGAUGCGGCGGGCGGCCUUGGAGGACCAGGAGAACAAAAUGGAAAAACAUCUAGCACACAAAGGGAUGUUGAAAGUCUUUGUCUAUCAGACCCUGAUAAAUGUAACAAGAAACUAGGAAGUUUGUUUAAUGGAACAAUAAACAUAAAAGAUAGUAUAAAAAACGCACUGAUUGCAGACGCCGUGGAGUUACAGAAACACAUAGACAAUCCAGUUCUUUAUAAGGAAUUGGUAAAAGACAAAAGGUCGGAAGAAGCUAUGCGAAUUUGCGACGAAGUAAUGGAUAAUGCUGUUGAUGCAGUUAAUAAAUCUGUUGGUGAAUUAGACACAUUUGAUUUCAAUAGGUUGAGUGACUUUGUUUUCGAUCUUCAAGUUUGGAUGGCUGCUACCCUUUCAGAUCAACAAACAUGUUUGGAUGCUUUUGAGAAAGUGGACACAAAAGCUAGUCAGAGAAUGGCUCAGAUUUUGAGCAAUUCUAUGAAUUUAAGCAAUAAUGCUAUAGACAUGAUUAAUUCUGUUUCUGAAUUACUUGACGAUUUUGGUCAUGUUCCAAGUGAUCUUGAUAGGAGGCCUUUAUCCGAUGAAUCCGAAAAACUUGUUGGUGGUUUCAGUCAUAGAUGA